GAAAGAGAGGCAGCCGACCGAAAACGGAAGCAGGACAAGAAGAAAAAGCUGAAAGAAAAAAAGAAGGCCGCAAAGGCAGAGGAGUUAAAAGCAUCGGGCCUGCCAGCCAAGGGCAAGGGUGGGAAAGGUGCUAAAGGAGGUGCAAAGGGUGGUGCGAAGGGCAAAGCUACUGUAGUGCCUGGACGCACGCCUGCUAGCAAAAAGGAUGACGAUGAGAUGGAGGUGGAUUAUGUGAUACCGGAAGUACUGGCCGGAAACGAUCAGCCUGAAGAUGAGACUUUCGCAGCGAUCAUGGAAAGGUUCAAGUACGUGGAGCCGGAACAGAAGGAAGAACCUGAUGAAGAUGAGGAGAAGCCGAAGAGGCGUGCCAAGCCAAAGGCUUCCCUGCUGGAGGAAGCAGAGGACAGCGACGAUGAGGAGCACGAUGCAAACAAACUGUCCAAGAAGAAGCGACGAGUUCAGAAUCGCAUGUCUGUUGCUGAGCUCAAGACGCUGGUGAAGAGACCGGACGUUGUGGAAGUUUGGGACACGACGGCAUCUGAUCCUCGACUCUUGGUGUACCUGAAGGCUUACCGCAACACCGUUGCAGUUCCCAAGCACUGGAGCAGCAAGCGGAAAUACAUGGCUGGAAAGCGUGGAGUUGAGAAGCCGCCGUUCCGCCUUCCAGAGUUCAUUGAAGCCACUGGCAUUGCCAAGAUUCGUCAGGCAAUCAUGGAAAAGCAGGCAGACAUGUCCUUCAAGCAGAGAAGUCGAGAACGUGUUCACCCAAAGAUGGGCAAGUUGGACAUCGACUACCAGGUCCUCCAUGAUGCGUUCUUCAAGUUUGCCUCGAAGCCGAAGCUGUCGAAGCACAACGACAUGUAUUACGAGGGCAAGGAGUAUGAGACAAAGAUGCUAACGAAGAGGCCCGGCCAUCUCAGUGCUGCGCUGAAAGAGGCGCUUGGGAUCCAUGAAGGGAGCCCGCCGCCUUGGCUGUUCAACAUGCAGCGCUAUGGGCCUCCUCCAGCCUACCCCAACCUGAAGAUUCCGGGGCUCAAUGCACCGAUCCCACAGGGUGCGGAGUACGGAUAUCACCCUGGCGGUUGGGGCAAGCCGCCUGUGGAUGAGUUCGGGAACCCUCUCUACGGUGACUGGAAGGACCAGGCGCCAACACCGUCGGCUCCGGAGGACACCACUCUCUGGGGUGAAGUGGAUGAUUUUGAGGAAGAGGAGGAAGACGACGAGGUGGAAGCCGAGAGGGGGGAUGGUACGGCCACCCCCAUGCUCGGCACAGCGACUCCGUUGGUUGGUUCUGGCUCUGCAACCCCUGUUGUGUCGCAUGGGGUGCACAGCAUCAGUGGCGUUUCCUCGUUAACGAGUGGCAUGGACACGCCGGGAACUGGCACACGCAGCAAAAAGGGCGGUAUUGCCUCCGUCAGCGGCAUCAGCUCAGCCUCCUUGACGCCCACUCCGCAGCUCUUCCAGGUUCUCGAGGAGCAGAAGUCGAAGUCUGCCAAGAAGGGCGUCUAUCCUUCUUCCCACACCUACAAAGUUGGCAGCAGGAGUGGAGGUGGAUCCUCGACACCUGUUGGAGGUGUGGGCAGUUCUGGUACCGGCACCCCGGUUGCUGGCAUUGGCACUCCCAUUGGGGGUAUCGGUACCCCCAUUGCGGGCAUCGGCACUCCUCAUGGAAUCUCCACGCCGCACGGCAUCGGAACUCCAGGGAUGGGCACCAGGACACCUCAGGGCAUUACAACUCCGCUGGGAAUGGGCUCUGCAGGCCAGGGCACUGGGACUGGAACCGGAACUCCUGGCAUGGGGACGCCCGGUGCGGGUACUCCGAUUGGGGGCAUCGGCACUCCCGUGGGUGGUGGUGUUCACACGCCGGUAGGUGGCAUUGCAACUCCGGUUGGUGGUAUUGCGACACCAGUGGGUGGUAUCGCUACGCCAGUAGGUGGUAUUGCUACACCUGUUGGUGGAAUCGCCACACCAGUUGGCCAGCACACGCCUGCUGGAAUUGCCACACCAGCAGGAGGAGUGUCCACGCCCACUGGCAUUCCGGGUGGCAUGGCACCGACGCCUGUUGGUGGAGCAGACACGCCUGGCCCUGUCACCAUGAAUCUGAACCCAGAGCAGGUCGAGACAGAAGGUAUUCUGACUGCCGACAUCAUUCGUCAGCAGCUCAAACAGCACGAGGAGGCUGCGGCGAAAGCAAAACUUGCAGCGGGCCAGAAGGAGGUCGAGAGCCAGAAAAAGACGGUGGCCGCCAAGCCAACCAAGAAGCGCAAGGAAAAGACAAAGUUCAAGUUCUGA